AAGGCCCUAGAGAUCAGAUAAAGUUCCAUGCGUUCUGGAAACUCUGUCUCAUCCCAGUCUCUGAUCCGGAGGAGAGGGCAGCACAGCCUUAGGAAGAAUGGAUAAGCAUGGAGUGAAGACCCCCUUGUGGAAGAAGGAACUGGCCGAGCCGCCGCCCAGCGAGGCAGAGGCGGCCGCAGAGGAGGGGUCGGAGGAAGGGGAAGAAGAGGAGGACGAGGAGGAGGAGGAGGCGGCGGCAGCGAGGCCGCGGGAGCAGAGUGGGGCGGAGGGCGAGGCGCCGCGCUGGGAGGCGGAGGGCGGCGAGGGCCGCGAGCGAGGCUCGGUGUCCUACUGCCCGCUGCGCCAGGAGUCCAGUACCCAGCAGGUGGCGCUGCUGCGACGCGCGGACAGCGGCUUCUGGGGCUGGCUCGGGCCGCUCGCGCUGCUGGGCGGCCUGGCGGCUCCCGCGGACAGGAAGAGGAGCCUCCCGGAGCCGCCUUGCGUGCUGGAGACGCGGCGCCGGCCGCCUCGCGCGGGGGGCUGUGCGCGCUGCGAGAUCCUUUUCUGCAAGAAGUGCAGGAACCUGCACAGCCACCCGGCCUACGUGGCGCACUGCAUUCUGGAGCACUCCAGUCCGCGUAAGACGCGGGCUUCGGGGGGCGGGGGGGCCGCCGGGUGCCCCUGAGCGCGCCCGCCGCCAACCCUGGUGCCCUCCGUCUGCGCCUGACCCCGGCCUCUCCGCCACCACCUCCUCUUCUCCGAUGCGGAGCGCUUUCCCGCACACUCCACAGAGCUGCCCCUUCCCAGAACGCCUCCUCCAAGCCCGAAGGCCGGCCCACGGUCGCCGCGGGCGUUCCCACCUGUCACCGUGCGCCACCCGAGGCUGAGCCCAAUGUCACCUGGAGCGCCUCCCAAGAGCUCCCCUCCGAGCGGCACCCAGUACCUCCCGCCCGCCUGACUCACAUCCCCUGGCGCAGGCUCAUAUUCAUCUCCUGGGUAGUUCAGGUCCUCUGGCCCAGUGGGCAGAGACGUCGCCUAGAGAAACUGACCCCUGGGUUCCCUCGCGGCUGAGAAACUUGCCCCUGCCUUUCCAAUCACCCAAUAAAGCCUCUAACAAAAUGUCAGAGCCUUGAAGUGGGGCCAGGUGGCUCCCUUGAGGGUUAUAAAGACCCUCCUUCGCCUUCCCCAGGGUUCAGGUCAGAGGGAGAAGGGCAGGCAGAGCGCCUCCUCCCUCCAUCUCCCCCAGGACAGGAUGGAACAAAGCACUUGCAUCCAAGGGCAGUCAAAGGCCACCCCCCUAUCCCCACCCCCUACCACACAGAGAAGAAAAGGAAGGCAGAGGGCCAGAAAUGCCCCUGGGGAGAUGAGGGCUGAAUCUUGCCAGAUCAUUCUCCCCUUCCCCUGGAAGCCUGGUCUUGCUGAGGUCAGUGUUUGUGCAAAUGAGGCACUGGCAGGUGUGUGGGGUGGGGGGUGGGGGGCAGGGAGGACAAGAGAACCAGAUGCUGAAACGCUGAGACUGGCUGAGGCCGAAGACAAGAGAGGCUGGAGAGCUGGUUCCUUCUCCAGGAAUCCCAGCUAUUCUUGGCCAGCCAGCCAGCUCCUGGAACGCUGCGUGUGUGGCCUGAAGAAUGGGGCCAUUGUAAGCACCAGGCCUCCCCUAGCCUGCAGGGACCCCAGCGCCUGCAGCAGCACUGCCCUCCAGAGAGGCCCCAUCCUCUCCCUGCCACCCCUGGCUCCCCAGCUAGCCUGGGGGUGAGGAAGGAUGGGGACAUUUUGCUUUUUCAGGCCACCUCUCCCCAUCACGAGGACUCACAGUCUGUAGUCUUGGCUUGGAUGGAAAAGAACGUGGUUCCAG